UAAAACCAAGGUUGAUUAACUUCUGUCAUGCACUAACUUUACACAGUUGCUUACGGUAAGUACCAAGUAUAGUCUGCAGCUUAGUAAAAAUCCUAUAAAUAGGAAAUAUCACAGAGGUCAGAAAACAGCAGAUCCGAGGGCCUCGCUAAAAGACUUUUCAGAUGUCUAACCCAAGGUUGGAAGGUAAGGUGGCUCUUAUCACUGGUGGAGCCAGCGGUAUCGGUGAGGAGACGGCGAGGUUCUUUGUACAACAUGGGGCUUUGGUUGUUAUUGCUGAUGUCCAGGAUGAGCUGGGGAAUCAAGUCGCUGCAUCGAUCGGCCUUGACAAGGUUAGUUACCGGCACUGCGAUGUACGAGAGGAGAAGCAGGUUGAGGAAGCAGUAAGUUUCACAGUGGAGAAAUAUGGGAAGCUGGAUAUCUUAUUCAGCAAUGCGGGUACCCUAGGCUCGUUAACCGGGAUCUUAGAACUUGACCUGGAUGACUUUGACAACACCAUGGCCACGAACGUUCGAGGGGUGGCCGCCACGAUCAAGCAUGCCGCUCGAGCUAUGGUGGCUAAAAACACACGUGGAUCCAUCAUAUGCACUGGAAGUGUAGCAUCUUUUGUAGGAGGAACUGGUCCCAAUGGUUAUACAACAUCAAAGCAUGCUAUCGUAGGGCUUGUUCGAGGAGCGUGUAGCGAGCUAGGGGCUCAUGGCAUCCGAGUCAAUUGCGUUUCUCCCUACGGAGUUGCCACGCCGCUCGCUUGUAGAGCCUACAAUUUUGAACCAAGUCAAGUGGAGGCCAAUGGUUAUUCGGCGAGCAACUUGAAAGGUAUUGUGUUGAAGGCUAGACACAUUGCAGAGACAGUGUUAUUUCUUGCUUCUGAUGAGUCCGCUUAUAUCAGCGGCCAAAACUUGGCUGUUGAUGGAGGAUUUACUGUGGUUACUCACAGUCUUUCAACAUUUACGGAUUAAUGGUUGUGGAAGCCAAUUUUUGAUAUAAUUCUCUGUAGCAUUUAUCAGUAAAGUUUCUUCGACUUGCGAGUCCAACCUUGUUACCAGUACAUUACAUGUGCAUUUUCCCUAUAAUCUGCAUUCUGCAGUGCCUUUUUUAA